UGAGCUAGGAAUUUCUAUUUCUUGUAUUAGCAAUCAAGGAACAAAUAGUUUAUAUAUAGAUAAUUCUUAAUGUAUAUGGCAAUGCCAUCGGGGAACGUGGUACUUUCUGAUAAAAUGCAGUUUCCCAGUGGUGGUGGGGUUGGGCUGGCCGGCGGAGGAGUGGCGGGAAGUGGGGUUGGCUGGUAUGCUGAUGAAAGAGACGGAUUUAUUUCUUGGUUGAGAGGGGAAUUUGCGGCUGCCAAUGCGAUUAUUGAUUCGAUGUGUCAUCAUUUGAAAAGUGUUGGGGAACCAGGAGAGUAUGAUGAGGUUAUAGGAUCUAUACAGCAGAGGAGGUGUAACUGGAAUCCUGUUCUUCAUUUGCAGCAGUAUUUUUCUGUGGCUGAGGUGUUGUACGCAUUGCAGCAGGUGACCUGGAGGCGUCAACAACAUAAUCGUGGUGGGUAUUAUGAUCCGGUGAAGGUUGGGGGUCCAGGAAAGGAGUAUAAGAGAUCUGCUGGUGUUGGGUCCAGGCAGGGGCAGGGCCAGGGCCAUAAAGUUGAAAUUGCUCUGAAGGAAGGUCAUAAUUCCACUGUUGCAAAUGGGUCUAGCAAUUUGGUAAAGAAUGAAGUUUUAAAAUCUGAUGAAAAGGAUGUCACGCUUGCAAAGUAUAACAAUGGUUUGAGCUCAAAACCUCAAGUGGAUAAUAACCAAAAGAGUCUGGACUCACAAUCAACCUUGUCUGGCAAUUCAGAAUGUGAGGCAAAGGAGGUGAAUUUUAAAUGCAAUCCAAACUUGAAAGUAUGUUCUACUGUGCAUUUGGAGAAUGAUUCAUCUUCUACACAUACUCCAUACCAGAAGCCGAAUGUUUCACUUGUUGCCAAAACUUUUGUUGGUACUGAGAUGUUGGAUGGGAAAGAGAUUAAUGUGGUUGAAGGGAUGAAAAUGUAUGAAGAGUUGUUUGAUGACUCUGAAGUUGGCAAAAUGGUUGGCUUGGUUAAUGAUUUGAGAAAUGCAGGAAGACAGGGAAAAUUUCAAGUGUUACCAAAUCUGCAUGUGCUCUUUAAUUCUUACUUUGUGGAUUCAUAUGGGGGUGACAACACAAUCAAUGAUACUGGGGAAGCAGGCCAGGCAUAUGUUGUCUCAAAGAGACCCAUGAAAGGCCAUGGAAGAGAGAUGAUUCAACUGGGACUGCCCAUUGCUGAUGCACCAUUUGAAGAUGAGGUCAUCAGUGGAACAUCGAAAGCAAUUGAAAUAAUAUUGAUUUUUGCAGAUCGGAGAAUAGAACCCAUUCCAAGUCUAUUUCAAGACGUUAUUGAGGGCUUAAUGGCCAUGCAAGUUCUGACAGUGAAGCCCGACUCCUGCAUUAUCGAUAUCUUCAAUGAGGGUGAUCACUCACAGCCUCAUAUAUGGCCACAUUGGUUUGGAAGGCCUGUAUGUGUGCUGUUUGUGACAGAAUGUGACAUGACUUUUGGUAGAGUAAUCGGAGUGGACCAUCCUGGGGACUACAGAGGUUCUAUUAAGCUCUCUCUUACUCCCGGAUCUGUGCUUGUUAUGGAAGGUAGAUCUGCAGAUUUUACUAGACACGCGAUCCACUCAAUACGGAAACAGCGUAUACUUGUUACCUUUACCAAGUCGCAACCAAAGAGAACCACACCAGGUGAUGGUCAGCAUUCUCCUUCACAUGCAACCGCUGCACCUCCAUCGCACUGGGUCCCACCCCCUACACGGCCCCCAAACCACAUUCGCCAUCCGAUGGUUCCCAAGCACCAUGUCUCAGUCCCAACAACUGGUGUUUUGCCCACUCUGGCUGCUGCUCGUCCACAGCUGCAACCCUCAAAUGGCAUCCAACCCAUUUUUAUUCCGGCAGCAGUUGCACCUGCCAUGGCUUUUUCGGCUUCACCUGUGGCUCUGCCACCUGUAUCUGGUGGCUGGACAGCAGCUCCUCUGAUGCAGCAUGCUCCGCCUCGCUUACCAGUACCUGGCACUGGAGUUUUCCUUCCCCCUGGCGGCAAUUCCCCAGUUCAGAAGCCUUCGGCUAUUGAGGAACCCUCUACGCCAGAAAAGGAGAAGGCUGAAGAAGAUUGCAAUGGAAAUGGAAGCGAGAUGGCGGUAGGUGUGGCGCGAGAGCAGCGACAGAAACAGAACGAUGAUGUAAAGCCAGUGGUAGCGGUUUAGCACCCGGGGUUCAAACUGCAACGAGUUUGAAGCGAAUGUAAAAAGCGGCAAAAAGAGAGUUUAUGUCUGCCUAUGAACUGGGCAAGGAGGGAAGAUCAAAAUCUAAAAGUUCUGUUUGAAACCUUUUGGUUUCUGUUCUUUUUUUUGGUUCUCUUACUAUUAUUACUAUAUGAACUGUAGCUCAGUUUACACUUGCCACCAUAUCUGAAAUCAAAUUUUGUUGUUUCUUUCACC